GAGAGGGUUGUGGGAGAUCGAACCAUUUGAAUUGAGCAGUCGAGGACGGGAAGAUUGUGUGUUGCAUUAUUGAUUAUACAUUGGGUUGCGAUAUUACCGCGUACCUGGAUUGGACGGACAGUCUUACGAUACAACCGACGCAUUCCCUGUCACUCAUUACCUACGAAUAUCAUUCAUCCGUUUACCAAUCAUCAUGACGACCGACAAACUUCAAGUCUUCAAAUUUGGUGACGGGGUCUGGGACCCGAGUCAUCGAUUUGUUACUUCGUGGUUGGUCUCUCCAUGGGCGCUUUUUGCUGUUAGAGCUUCAAUUUCCCUCUAUGCAUUUUUCGUCCUGCUCUUCGCUAUCUUUUGGGAAAUAGCUCAAUUGCCCAACGGAGGCGCAACCGCACGAUUCAGCUUCUCUUAUUUCACCAUCCUCUGCUACUGGGGCAUAUCCUUCUACUUCUUCUUCGCCGCCCUUCACACCUUCACCUACGCACGCAGCGGCAUCCCCCUACUCUCGCGCUUUCCGCGCCCCCUCCAGGCCCUGCACGCCCUCUACUACAGCACCAUCAUCUGCUACCCCAUCCUCGUCACCAUCGUAUUCUGGGGCGUCAUCUUCCGGGUCUCGGUCCCCGUCGGCUGGUUCCCCACCACCUUCGACGCCUGGUCCAACAUUUCCGAACACGGGCUCAACUCGCUCUUCGCCCUCUUCGAAAUUUGCAUCCCGCGCACCCCGUCCCCGCCCUGGUUUCAUCUCCUCUGGCUCAUCGUCAUCCUGGCUUGUUAUCUAGGAUUGGCAUAUAUCACCGUGGCGACGAAACAUCAAUAUGUGUACUCGUUUUUGAAUCCAAAGGUUGCGCAGCAUGGCAUGGUGGCCGCGUAUGUAUUUGGGAUUGCGGUGGGCAUUUGUUUGAUUUUUGCGGUGGUGAAGGGUGCGGUGAGUUUGAGGGUGUGGGUGACGGAAACGAAAGGGGGGAGGAGAGGAAAGUUUGCGAAGGUCGGGGAGCUGCAGAUUGCGGAUGUGGAGAUGCAGAGGUUUGAGGGGAAGGCUUGAGAUGUACAUUCGAGAUGAAGACGUAAGAUGAAGAUUCGAGAUGAAGACGUAACACGAAGAUUCAAGACUAAGAUGAACGAACACGAAGAAGAAAAAAGGUACAAAAUACCCCCGAGUAGUAAGCGCGUCA